CACUUCUGCGCUUCACUCUACUCUUUGUAUGUAUUGUGCUUUACUGUAGCCUGACACACAUACACACAGAUACUUAUUGCUCCGUUUUUAAUGGGUACAGAUUAAAACCGUUUCUUAGCUUUAUUUUAUAAUUUUUUAUUAUAAUUUCUUUUUUUUCUAAUAAAAUGCCUGAGUUCAUAUCAGUGGAGGAGUUCAUUUCGGAGACUUUGGAGGACUAUAGUUCUCCAACAACCUCUUCCUUCAUCACCAAAAUGACAAGUUGCCGGAAUUCCGUUAAUAAUAUUGAAGAGGCUUUGGACUGUGACCGUAUAGUAUUGCAGAAAAUGAAGAAAGCUUCCAAAGCCAAGCAUGCCUCUGGUCUAGACCACAUCUCACAUUUGGAGCUGUAUAUCAACUCAAUGGAGAAGCUAGCUGUCAAUUUUCGCAACAGUGGAGAGCAGGAAGUGGCCUCUGCCUUUAACAAGUUUGCUGAAUUCUCCAAAGAGCUGCUGACACCAAUGAAGAACUUGUUAAAAAGCAUGCUCCACAAUAUCAACUUCUUCCUGGACUCUUUGGUGAAAGGGGAUUUAAAAGAGGUCAAAGGUGAUCUGAAGAAGCCAUUUGACAAGGCAUGGAGGGAUUAUGAGAGUAAAUUCAAUAAGAUAGAGAAGGAGAAGAGGGAGCUGGCGAAACAGUACGGCAUGGUGAGGACAGAGGUGAGUGGUGGAGAGAUUGCAGAGGAGCUAGAGAAGGAACGAAGAAUGUUUCAACUACAGAUGUGUGAGUACCUCAUUAAAGUGAAUGAAAUUAAGACGAAGAAAGGUGUGGACCUGCUUCAAAACCUCAUCAAGCACUACUACUCCCAGGGCAAUUUCUUUCAGGAGGGCUUGGCUGUCACAGAGAACCUGAAGCAGUACAUUGACACUCUCUCUGGAAAACUCAGCUCUAUAAAGCAUAGUCAGGAUGAAGAGAAGAGGCAGCUGUUUUCUCUGAGGGACCAGCUAAGACCUGCCCUGCAGCCUGAACUUAAAGAGACAAGGAGGGACUCUUUAUGUAAACAGACCGUAUACAACAUGCAUCAACUUCAAGGCAACAAGCAAUAUGGAACAGAGAAAUCAGGCUACCUCUAUAAGAAAAGUGAUGGGUUGAGACGAAUAUGGCAGAAAAGGAAGUGCACUGUGCAGAACUGCUAUCUCACUAUCGCUCACGGAACUCCAAAUAAAUCACCAGCCAAAUUGAACCUCCUGACCUGCCAGGUCAAACCCAGUUUGGAGGACAAGAAAUGUUUUGACCUCAUCUCCCAUAACCGCACUUAUCACUUUCUCACAGAGGAUGAGCCUGACUGUGUAGCGUGGAUUUCAGUGUUGACUAACAGUAAGCAGGAGGCACUGAAUGUGGCUCUAGAUGAGCACAAACACAGUGGAGGAAGCAGUGUAGAGGAUCUGACCCGGGCGAUCACAGAAGACAUCCUUCGCAUGCCGGGUAACCAUGUCUGCUGUGAUUGCAGUGCUCCAGAUCCUACGUGGAUCUCUACAAACCUGGGCAUCCUGACAUGUAUUGAAUGCUCAGGCAUUCAUCGAGAGAUGGGCGUCCAUUACUCUCGCAUCCAGUCUCUCUCUCUGGAUAAACUGGGCACUUCUGAACUCCUGCUGGCAAAAAAUGUAGGAAACACAGGGUUCAAUGAAAUCAUGGAGGCCAGCCUCCCCAGUCCAUCUCUGAAACCAUCUGCAGAAUGUGACAUGUUGAUACGUAAGGAGUUCAUCCUGGCUAAGUAUAUAGAGAGUCGGUUUGCUCAGCGGAGUAUCGGUUCACCUGACACCCUGCGCAGGAGAUUACAGGAGGCCAUACAAGCGAGAGACAUCUUCAGCCUUCUGCAGCUGUACACAGAAAAGAUUGACCUCAGCCUACCUGUGCCCAGUCCACUACAGGAAAAACGAGAGACUGCAUUGCAUGUGGCUGUUUUAUUGGCUGAUCGGACAUCACUGCAUAUAGUUGACUUCCUGGUACACAACUGUAAUAAUCUAGACUCACAGACUGUGAGGGGGAACACUGCACUGCACUACUGCUGUCUGCACAAUAAAACGGAGUGCCUGAAGCUCCUGUUGAAAGCCAAAGCCAACACACAUAUCAAAAAUGAAAAUAAUGAGACUGCCCUGGAUAUUGCUCGAAGACUGAAGCACACUCACUGUGAAGAACUGAUCCAGCAGGCACAGAACAACCAGUUUAACAUGCACAUUCAUGUGGAGUACGAGUGGAAACUGCGGCAAGAUGAUUGGUAUGAAAGUGAUGAUGACUUGGAGGAUAAGUCAGGUCCUGUGAAAAAGGAUCGCUUUGCCCGUCCAUUCAGUGUGUACCACAGCAUCAGUUCAUCUCAUAAUCGUGGAGGAGGACGAGGAGGAGGAGGAAUUUUCAAUGUAAGUCGCAUGCUGCCACGAAACGAGAACAAGCGGGAAAUCUCUGCUGUUCCCAUCCCACAGACACGUAGCAGUCCUCCACCUCCUCCACCUUCUUCGCCAGCACCUCCUCUGCCCCCAAGAGUAAGAGCACCAGCCAUUCCUCCGCCUCCUCCUCCCAUGAGUCCCCCAGAUAGCUGGAGCCAGGUUAGUUUCAAUACAAAGAGAAGUCCUCCUCCACCUCUAGUGAUCCGGCAUAAGCGGACCUACUCUGAGCCCUCGCCUCAGGUGCCUAACAGCCCUCGUGGAGAUGUCUGCCAUGCAAACACUGAUUAUGCAGUGCCCGCAAGUCCACGAGGCUUUAGUGUUCAAGAUUCGUCUUUCCAGAAGUUUGGCUCAGGGUCUCCAAAGUACACUGCGCCAGUUACAGCCCUCAAUGCACUGGCUGAGCUGCCAGAACGAAGCUUUCAGGCAGAUGGUGAAAGCCACCCUUCCCAUUUUUUGUAUUCAACUGUACAGAGCAGAAGUAGCCGCUCAGGACGACAGGGCCCAGCUCUCUCCCCCACCUCCCCUCCUUCUGUCAGCCUGGAUUCUAAUGGCAGUUCUUCCUCCUUCUGCCUUAGUGCCCCACGCCCGCUGCCCAGACAAACCCUGAUUAAGUCCAACCUGAGACGAGUGAAAGCCAUGUAUGACUGUGCGGCUGAUCACCAUGAUGAGCUUACCUUCAGUGAGGGAGAUGUACUGGUGGUUUUAGCAGAAGAAGAUGCUGAUUGGUGGCAUGGCUACAUUGAGGGACAGCCAAAUAAGACUGGCCUGUUUCCUGCAUCAUUUGUCUCCAUACUUCCUGAAUGACGCUGAGCAAAGGAGGUCAAGAUAAAGCAAGGUAGAAACACUGGAAGACUCCUGAGCAAGCAGUGCUGACAGCCCAUGUGAUUGAGUGAUUAUGAAUGAUCAGUAUUGAAAGGCCUGCACAGGCCUGCAUCUUGAUCGGCCUACAGGUGCAUCUCAAUAAAUUAGAUUGUCAUGGAAAAGUUCAUUUAUUUCAGUAAUUCAACUCAAAUUGUGAAACUCAUGUAUUAAAUAAGUUCGAGGCACACAGAAAGAAGUAGUUUAAAUUUUUGUUUCUUUUAAAUGUGAUGAUUUUGGCUCACAUUUUACAAAAAAACACUAAUUCACUAUCUCAAAAAAAUAGAAUAUGGUGACAUGCCAAUCGGCUAAUCCACUCAAAACACCUGCAAAUUUUUCCUGAGCCUUUAGAGGCUUGUCAAGCAAAAUCGAUUCAAGAAUUUGGGUGAACUUCACAAGGAAUGGACUGAGCCUGGGGUGAAGGCAUCAAGAGCCACCACAUACAGACGUGUCAAGGAAUUUGGCUACAGUUGUCGUAAUCCUCUUGAUAAGCCACUUCUGAACACAGACAAUGUCAGAGGCGUCUUAAGUGGGCUAACGAGAACAACUCGACUGUUGACCAGUGGUUCAAAGUCCUGUUUUCAGAUGAGAGCAAGUUUUGUAUUUUAUUUGGAAACCAAGGUCCUAAGGUCUGGAGGAAGGGUGGGAAAGCUCAUAGCCCAAGUUGCUUGAAGUCCAGUGUUAAGUUUCCACAGUCUGUGAUGAUUUGAGGUGCAAUGUCAUCUGCUGGUGUUGGACCAUUAGGCUUUUUGAAAACCAAAGUCACUGUACUCGUUUAAGAAGUUUUAGAGCACUUCAUGCUUCCUUCUGCUUACCAGACCUGAACUCCAUUGAGACUAUGGUGUAUUGUCAAGAGGAAAAUGCGAAACAAGAGACAAAAAAAUGCAAAUGAGCUGAAGGCCACUGUCAAAGAAACCUGGGCUUCUACCACCUCAGCAGUGCCACAGACUGAUCACCUCCAUGCCAGCCAAUUUUUUUAAUUAAAGCAAAAGGAUUAGAGCCCCUACCCAAUUAAGUACAUAUACAAUAAAUGAAGAUACUUUCCAGAAGGCUAACAAUUAACUAAAAGUAGUUUUUUGAUUGGUCUUAUGAAGUAUUGUAAUUUGUUGAGAUAGUGAAUUGGUGGGUUUUUGUUAAAUGUGAGCCAAAAUCAUCACAAUUAAAAGAGCCAAAGACUUAAACUACUUCAGUCUGUGUGCACUGAAUUUAUUUAAUACACGAGUUUCACAAUUUGAGUUGAAUUACUGAAAUAAAUGAACUUUUCAAUGACAUUUUGGUUUAUUUAGAUGCACUUGUAAAAACUACACAGCACAGAGUAAUAUAUAAGACUCAGAAGUUGUUCAGGUUUAAGCAAUCCGAUUUAUGAGUUUAUUUUUAAGUUUAGCGCAAAUGUUUGUUCCUUAUAUGUUUAUCCCUAAUAUACGUGCCAAUGUUGACUAUAAAAGCUUCCUGAGAUGGUAUGAGGAAAGAAACCAGCCUCAAAGGAAACCCAUACUCAUCUAGGUGGCACCGAAUAUCCAUUUAUUUCAGUUUUAUCAUUGCUGAGGUGUGCUGUUCAAUGAUGGACUUUAAAAUGCAGAACUGUUCAUGCAACCUGCAGUCCUAGACCAGUGUAGCAGAGCUGUUUAUAUUGUUAUAUUGUAAUCAAAAAUGUUCUUCAUAUUUGCUAUAUUCACAUUCCUUACACUUAAUGAGCAGAAAACAGCAUUUCCACUUGAUAAUUAUAAGGGAAAGCAGAAUGUUCUCAGUCGUCCAAAAUGUUUGCUGGAUUUAAUAAUAAUUUUGUAGGUGAAUUUGUAGGGGAUUCUGCAUUAAUGCUCAGUAAACUGUGAAAAACAUUAUUUAUAUAAGAACAUUAUUGCAUAAUGACUGGUACAGAAGAGGAAAAUUUGAUCAAUUCUUCAUUAUCAUUACUAUUACAAUUAUUUGUAAAGUGCUUGACAUGCCAUUAAAGAACUGUUUAAUCUUCUUCAGAUCAACACUGUCCUUUUUCACUUUCAAGGAAUAAAGUGAUGUUUUUAAUCCAUCCUGAAUAAAUAAUGAUCCAAAGUUACCCUAAUUGAAUAUAUACUUUAUAUAUUUAUGUUUUGUUAAUAAAUUCUCUUUACCUUGAGUGAGCUUCUCUGCAAAUCCAGUUGUGAGAUGGGAAAAGUGGCAGGGCUUCAAGAUCUCAGUUAAUAUCAAAGAAUCAGAGACCAAAAUACCUACACUGUUCCAAAUUCAUGUCAGUUUGUUCAUCUCCUUUUUUCCAAGAUAAAAUGGUCCUUUUGGCAUAUAUUGAGUGCGAACACACAGUAGCAAUAUUAUCGGUGUAAACAUCAAUAGAUAUUGUGUCAGUGGCAGUCUUAUAGGGACUAUUAAAAUGUCAAAACUCACAAGUAUAAUAUCUGCGCUUUACUCUGAUGAGCUGUGUAUCAUCAUGAAUGAUUAUAUCCGUAAUGUUUUUACUAAUGAUGUAAGAUUUUACAUCAGAAUAGUCAUAAAAGUCAUCUAAAAUGUUUUUUUUAUACACAAAAUAAUUUUUUUAUCAUUUUAUUUUAUAAACAAUAUAAUUAUUGCCUCGUGAUAAUUCAUUUUAGUCUUGAAUUACAUGUAUGUAUUAAAUAUAAAGGUUUAGUUUUAUUUGAACCAUUUAUUUGUUUUAAAUCCAUUAAACUAUAAACUUAUCACCUCAUCUCCAAGUGCUGUAAUUUUUAUAGAUGGUGUUUACUGUGCUUUCAUGCAUUCCUGAUGGGUAAACAGGACUGCAUGUCUACAGUUUGAAAUGUUUCUAAUCCUAAAAACUGUUUUAUUUAGAUGACAAAGAUGUGACCUGAUUUGUGAAAUCCUUUUUAAAAACAAUGUUUUUGCUCUGAAAACGUUAUUUGAAAAGCAUUGGGGACAGGAACCUAUUCAAAGACUUAGCUUAGAGCCCAGAUGUGUCAUUGUGGACAUGUAUUGUGUGUUUUAAUGUGUUAAAUGUUGAAUUCAUAGAAAGUAAGCCAACUUGCUGGGCAAAUCAUUUUAAAAGCUAUGUACGAUCUGUAUUAUUGUAUAAAUGACAAAUAUUCAAAAUGAGUGAUUUACUUCUUUAUUUUUCUACUUGCACACUUGAGUACAAGAUAAGGCCUGUGACUAAUGUUUAUGAGGUCAACACCCAGAAUUAACAACCCUGUUACCCUCAAGUAUAUUAUAAAGUACAACUUGAAAUACAAACUAUUGAAUUUAACUAAAACAAAUGGCAUAGCAUUCUGUAUUAGCAAUUUCUCCGUUGCUGUUUAAUCUCAUCUUUUUAUUGUUUAUAAUUUCUAAUAUUUGAUUUUUGAAUAAAAAUGCUAUUGAAAACAAA